AUGUUGCUCUCCAGCUCCGAAUCGAGCAUUUUCAGCGAUACUGAUUAUGAUGUUAGCAGUGAGGACGAGUACAACGACAGCAACGGAGAUGAAAACAUAAAAAAUGUGAAAUUCUUCAAUAAAAUAAUAAUCAAACUGUUUUUAAAAAAUAAAAAAUACUAUGAACAGGUAAAGAAAAUUGCACUUAGCUAUAUUAGCAAAAUAGAAGACAUACAAUUUUCGGAUAUUCAAAACCCUCAGCAGGUAACUAAUGAGCACAUAUACAAUUUCUAUUUUGACACGUACGAUGCGAUUCAGCAUGGAGAAAACAAAUUGAUAUAUUACAUGCAGAAUAGCUUCCACAAAUUUAUCGAUGUUAUGAAUAAUUACUCCAUUCCUUUUUUCUUUCGACUUAUUUUCCUGAGUUGCUAUUUCGAGUUUUUGUAUAGCAAAGAGGUAAAAAAGGAUGUAAGUGAUAGCGAUCGUGUGGAGGGGAGGAGGUAUUGGCCAACCAGUGAUGUGGACAAUAAGGGGGAAGAUUCCGAUGUCCAAUGGAUAUAUGCAGAUGAUUCAAGGGAAAAUGAUGUCUGUUCUUAUGGGAAUGGAGAUAUGUUGUCAAAGAGGGAGGAUAAGAAAGUGGGAGGCAAGAAUAAAUUAGGAGAAAAGUCUCACGCGAUUUUCAAGGGUGGAGGCUCAACUGAGGGGAAAACUAAUCAGAAGAAAAGCUACCCAAAUGGGACCAUGUCUCUAAAUUCGGAUGAGAAGCAACGCACAGAAGAAGCCUCCCUCUACGAUUUCAUAGUUUACAACUUUAGCAAAGACAAAAUGCUUAUGGAAGAAAUCGAUGCAUACAGUGCGUGUCUGAUAAAAGGGCUUUUCUACUUAUACAAAGAUUACGCCUUUUUAAAGGACGAAAAUACCAAAGCCAAAAUAAAUAAUUGCUUGAAAAUGAUCUUUGACAAACAAAAUAUAAAAAUUAUGUGUCGAGUGGAAAAUGUGCCUUACCUGCAUGAUAUCCAUAUUAACUAUUUGCAGGAAAUACGGAAUAAGCACAUUGGUAAGUUCGUAAGCACAGAAGGGAUAAUAACCCGAGUGGGAGAAAAGAAAAUAUUGGAGGAAUGCAAAAAGUACAGAUGUAUAAAAUGUGAUCAUAUAAUUAAAAAGAAGGCGAUUCCUGAGUUGUACUACAACACGCAAAUGGUGUUUAAGUGUCCCAAUGAACAGAUUAACACGAACAAAUCCCCCUCAAGGUAUAAAAACAAUUCGGUAGGAAAGCAAGUAAAUAUGAGAUGGAAUUACAGGAGGAAAGACAUGGCACAAGAAAACAGGACGGGGGGUGGAGUUCCAUAUAUUAAAAGCGCCUCCAAGUAUAUCCAUAAAUAUAAUCCUCACCGUAACGCUAAUUAUAGAUCAAAGGGCUUUGCCUACAACCGCACUACCAAGUGGAAUUUCACAUACAGGGGAAAAUAUUACAGUAACAAAUCAAGCAAUGGAAACAGAUGUAAUGGUACUAAUUUCGAAUUUUUAGAGAACGAAGUUAAAAGGGUUGAUUAUCAAGAAAUAAAAAUAAAGGAAACAGCUAAAACAAAUAUCCCAUAUUCCAUUACCGUGGUCCUUUUGGAAAAUCUAGCUGGCAAAUAUCACCCUGGGAAGAAAGUAAUUAUAAAUGGCAUAAUCCUGCGGAGGUGGAAGAAACUGUAUAAAGACAUUAGAUGCGAAGCAGAACUAUUCAUCGAAGCUAAUAACGUAGAAAUUAAGGAACUUGAAAGUUCAAGGUACAGGGAGGUAGCAGUAGAUGAUGAGUUCGCCAAAUGUAUAAAUGCCCUAAUGGAUGAAGCGGAGGUGUGUGGUAAGUCUACCAAUAUAGAGGUUCAUAAUACAGAGAAACAAAAGAAUGAUGAUGUGAAUAAUAAAGUAGGGGAUGACCCAGAGGGGAGCUUCACAGAGGAUGAAAAGGGAAGACUGAUAAGUUCAUCACAUCUUAGCAGAGAGCAUUGGAUUGGAACAAAUCGAAAUAAGGAAAUACAGGAGAAGUUACAUUCUGAAGAGGGCUCUGGAAAGAGUACCCCAAGUGGUAGUAAAAUGAGCGAAAAAAAAAAUAAGCUGAACGGAAAUAGAACGGAUGUAAGGAUAGACGUACCGGAAAAAAAUCUGUUUGAAAAAUAUUGGUUGCUCUUCAAGGAUAACAAACUGGAAGGAAAGAGAUAUCUGUGCGAUAGUAUAUGCCCCAAUUUGUACAAUUGUAAAUUGUCGAAAAUAUCGGUACUGUUGGUUCUGAUAGGAGGAAACAGAAUAAAUGAAUAUGAUUCCUUUUACAAUGAAAAUAAUAAGUGGAAGAAGUAUUUCAACCGCGGUGGUGAGGAGGGUGGGACGCGGGUCUACGGGAGUGAUGAGAACAGUGACAAGGACGACAGCGAUGAUGACGACGAUAACCGUGACGAUGGUAACGGUGAUGAUGGUAACGAUGACGACGAUGAAGAUGACGGUGAGCAUGAAGAUGGUGACCCCUGGAGUUGGGAAAACGCAGCGAGGAAAGGUCGCAGAGAGAUGAAAGCAAAGCACAGGAAGAGGAGCAGGCAGAGGAGCAGGAAGAGAAAUAGGAAGAGAAAGAGAGAAAAGAAUUUCUCUUCGGACAAUUCUGACAAAAGAACCUUGUGCCAUUUAUUGCUCGUGGGAGAUCCAGGCACAGGAAAAUCACAGCUACUAAGGGAAGUACAAAACAUCAGCCACAUCUGCACAAAUGUGUCGGGUAUGUUUUGUACUACCGCUGGCCUGACAUGUGCUGCGAUAAAAGAAGGAAACGCUUUUAUGCUAGAAAGUGGAGCUUUAGUUUUGGCAGAUAAUGGAGUCUGUUGUAUUGACGAAUUCUGUCUUAUGAAAAAUGAAAAUAAAAAUGCUAUUCAUGAGGCAAUGGAACAACUAACCAUUUCAGUAGCGAAAGGUGGAAUUGUUGAUAAAUUAAAUUGUAGGUGUACUAUUAUUGGUGCGUCUAAUUUCGAGUUACAUAAAACACCUAUGGGCAAUUUAUCUGCCUCUGAGGAUAAGGCUCUCAUUAUUAAUCUUUCCUAUGCGCUCCUCAGCAGAUUCGACAUGAUUGUGGUAACAGAGGAUAAUAGUGAAAUAGAUUCGAGGGUUGCAGACUAUGUGUUAUCACAGGAGGUGCGGUGUGGUUAUACUACGGGUGGUUUGAUGAAGGGGGGGGCAGGCUCAUGUGGUAGCGCUGUAAAGGAAGGUGAUGUUCAAACGAAUUCAACUAAAAAGAGUAACGAAAACUACUCUUCCAUAGGGGAUGAUAAGAAUACUCCUGAAGAGGAGGAGUGGGCCGGAGGACGAGCCUUCAAAAUGCCCCAAACGCAGCGCAACAAAAUUGUCUGGUCUAGCGAAAAGCUCAAGGAAUAUAUUUACUACGUGAAGAAUAACUAUACCCCAAAUUUUAAUGAAAAUUCCAAGUUAAUUUUAAUUACCUACUAUUCGACACUACGGAAGGAUAAUAAUGGAGAUAACGGAACGACGGUUAGAACGUUAGAGAGUUUGAUACGGCUAAGUGAGGCGCAUUCGAAGAUGAUGCACACUGACACCGUAUCGUGUGACGAUGUUAUUAAUGUUCUUCUGUUAUCGGAACUGAGUUUGCGUGGGUAUAAAAUAGCUGUCAAAACGAAUUCCCACAAUGUUCUGGUAGCUAGAGCGGGAAUAAUGGAUAACUUAAACGACUCGCUGCUCUUUUAUAAUAAUGUGCAUAGAACCUUCUACUCCUUGGACGAUGUUUUAUUCUACGAGUCCUUAUACAAUUAUUUUAAGAAACUCCUUUUGGAGAAGCUCAAUUUGAUAGAGCGGAACGGACAAAUCCAUCGCAUGGCGGUGUAG